AUGGAGAAGGCCUCUCAACCUACAACCGGUGAACCAGCCCAAACCCAACCCCAAACGGCACAACCGUCAAAUCCUCCUCCAGCAGUAGCAAAUGACCAGUCCGGAAAGGAUUCUGCAACUCCACAACAACCCGGCGCUGUGGUUGGGGUUCCACCACAGCAAGUCGUGGUUCCUGCAUGGUCCACUGACCUUUUUGAAUGUUUUGAUGAUCCUCAAACCUUUAUCAUAACAUUUUUUGCUCCAUGCGUUACUUUCGGACAAAUCGCUGAAAUGGUGGAUAGGGGACGUACCAGUGUUGGCAUGUAUGCGGGCCUUUAUUUUCUCAUAAUGUACUUCACGGGCUGUGGAUGCCUACUGUCGGCAUACUUUAGAAUAAAGAUGAGCCAUAUAUAUAGGUUGCCUGACGACCCUCUCAUAAAUAUUCUUGUCCAUCUAAUUUGUGAGCCAUGCGCCUUGUGUCAAGAAUAUCGCGAGCUUCAACAUCAUGGCUUCAAUAUGCAACUUGGAGUUGGGUGGCAUAAUCAAACUCUGGAGGUACAACAAAUUGGUGCACCCAUGGAACCACCUAUGGUUCCUGGAGGAAUGACUCGAAACUGA